UGCCUAACUGCAGCCCACGCAUCUCUACUAUGGUGAAUUAUGGUGAAAUAUGAGAAACACGGGAAGAGCCGGCAGCUCAAAAACAGUUAGACGUGAUGAGAUGACACAGCCGCUGGACUGAUUAGUCAAAUAGGGGAAGAAGGGCACAUAUGAAGAAAUAGACGAACGACCUCAAGACACCUUUUGAGAAGAGAAAAACUGGAUUUAACAAACAUUAAUAGGCUACAUGCGUCUGCACAACAACAAGACAAUCGCGCGCCAGAGCUUCGGAUGAUAUAUGAGUGACAGGAAGGAGCUGCUUGGACCGAGGGGAGUGACUCAGGACCGGGCACUCUGCUUAAGAUUUACCAGCAGAGGACAGAGACUGUAAACAAGCCCAAUACGUGCCUGUGAAAAGUAGCAGCAGGCAAAUCUGCCUGACUGUACAAGUGUGUGGAGCCUUUACCUACUUGUGGCCCAGCGUGGCCCCGCCCGGUCUGAAAGCUGCAGGUCCCAUCUUCUUCCAUCAUGACGGUCGCUACCAGCGACCCUGCGGAUGAAGCAGCAGCACAUCCAGGUCAGUCUCAUGACCAUUACGACUCGGAUCCGGAUCAUGAAUGCUGCGAGAGGGUUGUCAUUAACAUCUCAGGCUUGCGCUUUGAGACACAGCUGAAGACACUUUCCCAGUUUCCAGAGACACUGCUAGGUGAUCCUAAAAAAAGGAUGAGGUAUUUUGAUCCGCUCCGGAAUGAAUACUUCUUUGAUCGGAAUCGACCAAGUUUUGACGCUAUUCUGUAUUAUUACCAGUCUGGAGGGAGACUGCGCCGGCCUGUUAACGUGACUCUUGACAUUUUUUCUGAGGAGAUCCGGUUUUAUGAAUUGGGUGAAGAGGCUAUGGAAAUCUUCAGGGAGGAUGAAGGUUUUAUAAGGGAAGAGGAGCGGCCUCUGCCAGAAAACGAGUUCCAGAGACAAGUGUGGCUUCUGUUUGAAUAUCCAGAGAGCUCAGGACCAGCUCGCAUCAUUGCCAUAAUCUCUGUCAUGGUGAUUCUUAUCUCUAUUGUCAGUUUCUGUCUGGAGACACUGCCACUUAAUCGAAACGAAGAUGAGAUGUAUAACUCACUCCAGUCCACAUACAACACCACCACUCCAUCUGCAAGCUUUUAUUUUACAGAUCCUUUCUUCAUUGUUGAGACGCUUUGCAUCAUCUGGUUCUCUUUUGAGUUCCUAGUUAGGUUCUUCGCCUGUCCCAGCAAAACUGGAUUUUUUGGCAACAUCAUGAACAUCAUUGAUAUUGUGGCAAUCAUCCCGUACUUCAUCACCCUCGGCACAGAACUAGCAGAGCGGCCAGAGGAUGGCCAGGCAGGCCAGCAAGCCAUGUCGUUGGCUAUUCUCCGUGUCAUCCGUCUAGUUAGGGUAUUUCGUAUCUUCAAACUCUCACGUCAUUCCAAGGGACUCCAGAUCUUAGGGCAGACACUGAAGGCCAGCAUGCGUGAGCUGGGCCUCCUCAUCUUCUUCCUGUUCAUUGGUGUCAUCCUCUUCUCUAGUGCGGUCUACUUUGCAGAAGCAGACGAGCCAGUUUCUCAGUUCAGCAGCAUCCCAGAGGCCUUUUGGUGGGCAGUGGUUUCCAUGACAACCGUAGGCUACGGAGACAUGGUCCCAACAACUAUUGGGGGGAAGAUUGUGGGGUCUCUCUGUGCAAUUGCCGGUGUGCUGACUAUUGCACUGCCUGUACCGGUCAUUGUAUCAAACUUCAACUACUUCUACCACAGAGAGACAGAAGGUGAGGAGCAGGCACAGUAUCUGAAUAUGCCAAGUGUGCCUAAAGCCAGCUCAGCUGACGAGCUGAAGAAGAGCGGUCGGAGCGGCAGCGGAUCCACUCUCAGUAAGUCUGACUAUGUGGAAAUCCAAGAGGCAGUGAACCACAGUAUGGAGGACUUCAGAUCAGAGGCCAGGAAAACAGGAAACUGCACCCUGGCCAACACUAACUAUGUAAACAUCACCAAGAUGCGUACAGAUGUAUAAUGCAAGCUCGGAUGAUUUACUUCUGCUGGGAUCUACAAUAACUGUAGUGGGAAGCUAAAGGUCCGCAUACUGAUAAAUGUAUGGGGCCCAGUAUAGGAGUACAGAGCAGAUCAGUGAGAUUAACGUGGAGAAAGGGUCAGUAGAGAAGACCACAUCCUCUCCCACAUCAUGUUCAUACUAUAGAACUGUCAGCUGUCGUAUUCACGACAUUGUUAGUGUUUGCAUGGAGUUAGUCUUACCUGUGAAAGUAGUUAUCCUGCCUCCAACAGUAGCAAAAUUGUAGCCUAACCAUAAUAAUCAAUAAUAACAAUAUAAAAGGACCACUAAUUUUUUUAUCUUCUUUCUCUAAUUGCUGCACAAAGGAUGCAUGAUAACAAUAUUCCAACAAUAUUACAGACGUGUCAUAACUUAUAAAACAGGCCACUCGAUCAGCAUUCAUGGGCAGCUUUAAUCUGCUGCUCUAACUGCCAAGGUCCAGAUACACAGAAAGAUCAUUUCAACCAGAUCACAGCUGUCCUCUCGAGGGAACACCGAAUUAAGAAAGAAAGAACGAGAGUGCAGCACCAAUAUGCAGAUGGCCAUGUGCACUAGUAUUCAUUCCCUUGCUACAUCUUGUCUAGUACAAGCUAGCAGAGACAGGUAGAUACCAACAGCCUGUAAUUCUGUACUGCUAUAGCACACCACAUUCUUUUCCUGCCAUUUCUUCUUGAUGAAGUUCAAAAUGAUUUACAAUGUCUAUGCAGGGUGCGUGACUCUCUCCACUCGAAGCCUUUUCUUGCCUCUAAUUAGUGCAGAUUAGCAGGUGAACAGCAGAACACUGA